CAAUUGGCCGAGUCGGAAGCCAACUUCAUCUUCGGAAAACACGAACACGGUGGAUCUCUGUCACAGCUGUGAGGUCGUUAUUAUCUCAUUAACUCCGUGGAAACGCGUCCGUGGGAGCCUCACGGGGUCUGAUCACACCUGAACUGCAUCUGCAGCAUCCUGCGUGACAACAGGAGCCGCUGUGGCGUCGGAGACCAGGAGCCGCUCUCCGGGCCGAGACAGAGAGCCUUUCCUGCCGCGGCCGCCUGCGAUGCCAGCGCGGCGGAACCAGCACGUCCAGGAGCCGCGGGCCAGCAGAUAGGUCCGGCCGGGGAGCACGCCGCGUUUUGGGGCUCCGCAACACAGAACGGAGGCCCAUGAUUCAGCCCGGCUGCCUUUCUUCCCAUCUCACCUCCCUGUGGUCUGGAUUUUAACUCCCGUAGCAUCGAGUUGGUAGCCUUCACAUGAGCCAGUAGCUGAGGCAGUUUGCACAUUUAAUCUCUCAUUGUGAAGUUAUUAUUGUUUGGCUCUGGUGACCCUCUAAAACCUCAGGACCAAAGCGCACAGCUCAGGAAGGACACUGUGAGGCUGCAGCAAUAAUUUGUAGGUAGAAACCCAGCAACCGACAGGAAGCUGUUGCAUAUUGGAGCCAAAGAGCCGCUUUCACCGGACGACCUCCGUCCUUCAAACCAAACAGCGACCAGGAGAUCCAGGAGAUCCAGGAGAUCCAGGUAGAUCCAGGUAGAUCCAGGUAGAAGGUGCAGGGAGCUGACAUCAUGGCGGCCGUGGCCCCCCUGCUGCUCAUCGCUCUGCUCUGCGGCCUGUUUGCGCCGCGGUGCGACGGUGCCUGUGCAGAGGUGGACUCCGACACGGAGGCCGUGGCGGGACGAGGCUUCAAGCUCGGCUGCAUCUCCUGCAAGAGGCGCAGCGAGGUGGAGGGCUCCGCCACCGUGGAGUGGUACUUCCGGCCCGAUGGGGAGUCCGACUUCGUCCAUAUCUACAGCUACAAUGAGAACGGACCCACCAUCGAACACAACUUCUUCGAGGAUCGCAUCGACUGGAACGGCAGCAAGAGGAGCAACGACAUCCAGGACGCCUCCAUCUACGUUCUGAACGUCACUUUCAACGACUCGGGAACCUACCGCUGCUUCUUCUACCGCACCCUCACCUACGACAACUACGAGUACUUCGACACCGUCGACAAGGUGGUGCACCUGACCGUGGUGGCCAAAGCCACCAGAGGCACAGCGUCCAUCGUGUCAGAGGUCAUGAUGUACGUGUCCAUCAUCGGGCUGCAGGUCUGGCUCCUCAUAGAGAUGAUCUACUGCUACAGAAAGAUCGCUGCGGCCGGGGAGGAAGCGCUUCGAGAGGCGGCGAAUGCUGAAUAUUUAGCGAUAGCUUCGGAGAGCAAAGACAACUGUGCAGGUGUUCAGGUCGGAGAAUAGCACAGGUUUCAUCUGGGUUUCUGCUCGUUAGUCCCUCUGCUGUUUUUGUCGCCAGGUUUUCCUCCCGGACUGAAAACUUCCCUCCAAGCUGCAUGAACCACUUCCUGGCCACAACCCUCCUCUUCAUCGCCAGCCUGUGCUAAACUCUUCUGGACGAGCUGAACUGGACCCGGCCGUCCGCUGACAGCAUGGAACCAGAACUGUACAUAUUCUUGUUGAAGCAUGUCGUAUCGGAAACCAUUAUGCAUUAACGUAUCCAGGUCCAUAUGUAGUCACAGCAGAGAGCUUUCACUGAACCAGCAGCGGAGAGACGCACCUCAGACAGGUUCUGUACGGAUGAUCACUGAUUGAUGAACUCUACUUCCACUUUUAUGGGCUGAUGUUUGUGAAGUUAAGAUUAACAGAAACAAUUUGGAUUAUUUAGCCUCUUAUAAGUGGAUAAAAUGGGGGUUUAGUUUUGAAAUUCAUAUCUUCAUCAUGUAGUUUAUACAUAAAAGAAAAUGUUGGUUUCAAAUUAAAUAUGUUAGCAAGCUAAAUAUUCAGAUUAGCUUCAAGUUAAAUAUUUAAUUAGCAAGCUAAAUAUUUAGUCUGUAAAGUUUCUUUGAAAAGCAAAUUUCAGCAUCAAGACAGUUCGAGCUAAACAUGUAGCUUCAAGAUAUUAAUUUAGAUCCAACUAAUUAUCUUGCUAACUAAAUGUUUGGACUGAAAUAUUUAGCCUUCAUGGUAUUUUUUUAGCUUGUCAGUUAAAUUUAGCUCCAUUAAUAAAUAAACUGAAUAUUUAACUUCCUGAUAUAAAAUUGGUUUGAAUUUGACGUACAAAUGAAUAAAAUGGUGAAAACAUGACAUUAAAAAUUUACCUCCGUUUUUCUUUCUGACAGACUAAAUAACUCAAAUUAAUGCUGUUAUUUUUUAAACUGUGGAUCUUUACAAACAGCGCCCCCUACACCAACUCAUAGUUCUACACUUGAUAUAAUUAAACGUGAUAAGAACCUGA